AUGGUGUCACACUACGAUCCGCCAUCGUGGGCUGGUAAACCUCCAAUAGGUCUACACCUGGACGUCACGAAAGAGGAAAAAUUCAUCCAGAAACUCAUGAUAGACGAAAAAAAGUGCUACUUGUUCGGGAGGAAUGCCGACAUUUGUGAUUUCCCUGUCGAGCAUCAGAGCUGUUCCAGAGUUCAUGCGGCCCUGGUCUACCAUAAACACCUGGAUAGAGCUUUCCUAGUCGAUCUCGGGAGCACUCAUGGGACGUAUAUCGGUAAGGUUCGACUCGAAGCGCAAAAACCGACGCAGCUACCCUUGGAUUCCAAGUUUCAUUUUGGUGCGUCCACGAGAAUUUACGUGCUAAGGGAGCGACCUCAAAAUAAAGAAGCCGAAGAAGGUAUCAGCGUCGAGCUUCCAGAGUCAGAAUUGGAGCUCGACAACCUCACCGAAUACAACACUGCUCACAACAGGAGGGUCACCAUGCUCGGUAUAACUGAUGAUUCUCCGGCAUCGAAGAACAGAAAGUCAGCCUCUCAUGGGAGGAAAGUCGUUUUCAAGGACGAGGAGGAUAUCAUAAACCCAGAAGAUAUCGACCCAUCGGUUGGAAAGUUCAGAAACUUGGUCCAAACUCAAGUUAUCCCAUCGAAGCGCAUGCGGUUGAGCGAUGAUGUGUUCAUGGAAAACGAAUCGAGAAUGUUUGGAAGCGCUGUGUCUUCGCUAAGAUCUCAAGGAGAUGCAGGCCUGAGAGACAAUAACCUGAGCAGUCAACGUGCUGCUGCCCUUUAUUCAUCUACACCCUUGAUGAGUUCGAAGCUCGGACUCCAGCUUCCAAACCCGGCGCCGGAUAUUUACGCGGACCGCGACGCUCCUCGAGAAGAACUGUCCAGCCAAUUGAAUACCGCUAAGAACGCAGCGAAUGAGAUGCUUUUUACUGGACCUUCCCCGUCGCCUCUAGACAUAAGUCACCAGAAGAAGAAGUAUCCCAAAGAGGCUUGGGGAGGUAAGAAAGCGAAAAGUAAUCCCAUCGCGGGUCUCUUCUAA